AUGAACAAAAAUGGAACAGCUAAAAUGAAUGAUAAUCAAAUAAGAGCCGAAGGUAGAAGGUUAUUUAAACGCUUCUAUAACAUUCCUGAUGGUGUUAAUCCUAAAACUCGUAGAAGUUAUUUAAAUGAAGCCAUAGAUGUAUAUGAAGGAUUUGACAUUUCAUCAGAAAGUGAGAGGUUAGCAAGAAUGUUAAAUGUUAAUAUUGAUUUCUAUUAUUGUGAUCCUCAACCAGAAGACGUAGACAUUAACAAGGUAGACUUUCCAUUAGUGGAUUCAAUAAUGAUAGAUCCAGAAUUUGAAACAAUAAAUAUUUUAUUAACACAGAGUCCAUGUGGAAAACUUCACGCUGACAGAAUAACAGACGUUGAAGCACUCACCGGCUAUAAAGUUUGCCCCUUUUGCAAAGAAGAAGUAUAUUCUAUCCGUGAUGAUCCAGAAAGGAAAAACCAAAGAAGAUUUUUAAAACAUUGUGAGAAAUGUAAAGAAAAUAAUGGAAGAUUAAUUCAAGACGUUCAAUUGCAAAACACACAGCAACCAUAUGCACCACAUAUUACGAAACAGAAGAUAUAUCAGUGGUUAUUAGCUCACAAUUUGCAAGAAUAUUAUCAACCGACAAGAUAUUAUAUUACUUUUGACUUUGAAACAUUAGAGACUAAAGAAGAACUUCAACUUUCUGAAUGUGCAACUUUGAACGCUUACUUAAAACCAUUUAUGGUAUCAUCAACUGUCAAAAUAAAGCCGCAAAGCGGUGAGGACGUAGACCGUGAUAAAACAUUUACGAGGAAUUUUUGCUUAACAUCAAGUGAUUCGUUCAUCUCUGAUUGGAUUGAAUUUUUAUUUUCAACCUGUUCAUUAGUUGCUAAAUCAAAUAUUGAACAAUAUGAAGAAUUAAUGAAUACAUUAAAUGAAAAACAGAAGGAAGCAUUUAAAGAACUUCUAGAUGAGGAAUUCAAUAAAGUGAAUAUCAUAGGUUUUAAUUCGGGAAAGUUUGAUUUAAAUUUAAUUCUUCGUGAUUUAAAUACUGCAAAAUGGAAGAUAAAAUCAAUGCUGGGUUCAUCUUCACAAUUUAAGCAAAUCAUUGUAAAGAAAACAAACGUUCCAUAUGAAUUGAGAUUUAUUGACAUCAGAAAUUAUAUAGCGGGUGGAACAUUAGACCAAUUCACUCAAGAUUUCGGAAACAAUAAAUCACGUGUUAAAUCCUUUUUCCCUUAUCAAUUCAUCACAUGGGAGAAUUACGAAGAUGAAUUAUAUAAAAAGGAACCAUUCACUCAAGAUUCAUUUUAUUCAGCAUUAACCCAAGAAACUAUAUCAGAUAGUGAUUAUCAAAUAUAUCUCAAUGAUGCUAAAAAUUUUGAGAAUAGAUUAGAAUAUUUUAUUCAUUAUUGCAAUAAAGAC